AUGACAACGCUCGAUUACAUUUCCAAAUCACCUUCUCCAAACGAGAACUUGAUUCCUUAUACCAAGAAAUCUCUGAAAAGGAAACUUAAAUCAGCGUCUCGAAAACCGAAAACUGAGAUCAAAGUGGAGCAGCCACCAGCAGAACUCUGGCCAUCAGGUUACAAACCUGAAAAUUUGGCGGUUCUUCCCAAUUUUAUUGGAGAAAAAGACAGCGAAGACCGAGAUGUCGAAGAAGAACCUUUGUUUAAUAAAGUUCUGACGGUUUGGUCGAUGCAAGGUUUUAAGAACAUGAAUGGAACUGCUGAAACCUGCGAAGAUUUAGUUUAUCCUGAGUGCGUUCCACACAAUGUCAAAGAUUUUAUGAUAGCCAAUAUGCAAUUCGAAAGAUACUACGAGUAUCAAAGAGCAAAGCUAGAAAGAAAAGGAUGGUUGGCUGUGAUGUCGAGAAUGAUGAAAGGCGUUGUGGAGUCUAAAGAUAUGAUUGAAGACUUCUAUGGAGACAAGCAGAAAAUCGGUUCAAAUUGGAAAUUCGAACAACAAAGAGAGAAAUGGUCCGAUUUGGAAGACUUGGAAGACUUGGAACUCCAAUUAAAAAUGAGAAAAGCUGAAAUAACUUUUAAGAUCAUCAUCUGGAAUCGAUUCCAGCAACAGUUCUACAAGCAGUGGCAAAAUAUCAAGAUCAGUCAGUGCGGCAUCAUCACCAACCCCGAAUUUAUGUCAUGA